AUGAGAUAAAUCUCAGCCACUUCAAGAAUGUGAUUCAAACCCUCACAUCACAGUAUGUUACUGUCAAGAUUAUGGAGAAAGACAAAUGGUCAUUGAAGUGGAAGCCAACUACAUUGCAACUCUUGUUCGCGAUGCCUGCGUGACCGCUCUCUACGCCCGUCUUCGCCCGAUACAUCGUGCUCUGCCCGAUUACAGUCAACGCUUCGAAACCCCAUCUCUUUACAUUGAAGAGAUGGAGCUUCCUCUCCCCUUUGUUGAAGCUAUUCAGAACUUUGGUCCUUUCAACCCAACCAGUAUUCCUCAGAACUACCUCUGCGUGCCUGUUUAUCCUGAAAACACGCUUAAUGAAGGCAGAACCGCCGCUCAGUGGAGCUCCUUGGAAUAUGAAGCCACCAUUCCAGGAAUGAAAGAGAUUGGGAUCCCUUUCAAGUCUGUGGACACCGGUGUCAAAUCCGGGACUGCUUGGUGGUGUAUGCACUAUGAAAGACAUGGCAACAGCCAUGACAUUGUGUGCCUGUACCCGCCCAUUAACUACUCUGAUCACUCGGUCCUUCUUCAAGAAUGGCCUGCCCGUUUCAUAGACGUUCCCCUCAGUUAUCCACUCCGAGUCUUUGCUGCACUCUGUCAUGCCCCUCCCGCUGAAUGGAAUGAAUUUGUGCUCAUGUCUGAGCCCCAAUAAUCUGUGCAGCUUUUUGUUUCAAAUGU